AGGUCACGUGCCCGGCUUCAAUCGAGGCGCACACGCUGGCAAUGCUUUGGAUAGGCCGCACACAACUCAUUCUAGUCCACCAUAGUGCAAGUCACCUACCGCAAAGACACCACUGGCCGAAGUCUGAUUAUCUGAAAGCAACGAGGACAUGGAGGAAGAAAGAUCAUUACGGUGGCAAGACAUAAGGAAACAAAUGCACAAGGCCAUAUGCGAAAGGAACACUCAUGAAGUGCAGCACUGUCUUCGAACCGCAUGCCAUCUCAGGUUGUGGUUGGAUCCGAGCGACGACGAGUCAGCUCUGCACAGAGCUGUGCAAAGCAAUGCCUUCUUUAUUUACGGUUUACUGCUGUCACACAAGUGCUGCUUCAAAGACGUCGAUGAAGAACAAUGCUUAAGUGGCCUGAACAACAUGCAAAAAUCUGAACUCCAACGACAGGAAUUCUUUGUGACGAAGUACCACAAGUCUUACCUGCAUUACCUCAAAAGUAGAUCGCGCAGUCAGACGAAACGAGACCACUUUGAAACCCAAGUAGACAGCAUGUUCGAAAAACUUGACAACGUCGAAAUCCUAUGCACCAUCUUAAAAGUAUCUGCCACUUCACAGCAUCUGAGGAUCAGAUUCGAUUUUGAGAGAGAAAACGUCCAGUGUAUGGUAGGGUGUGUGAGCAGAUACAAUCUCGGAAUUACGGACAACAGCACAGAAGAAAUCUUUGUGGCAGCAAAGACUAAAAAGCAGGGCCCCCAACAAGUAGACGGAGAGCCAGAUGAAGAAGUCUUGGGCACAUUGGCCCACGAACUCUGUCAUUUUGCCCUUCACCUUGUGUACAACAAUGGCGGAAAACCUUAUUUCAGCCAUGACGUGGAGAAGAAGCUUCGUUAUGGAGACAUCGUCACAGACAUCGAGAGGCGAGUCAGACAGAACGCAAGCGAAGUGGACCCAAUUUUGCGCCUUGCCUUCCCCAGCAACAAAGAAGAAGAAUUGAUAGUUCGGGUUCCACACAUCCUUGCCCAGUACGGGUCUCCUGGAGGUGGUAUCCUCAAGACGCAGGCACCUGAACUAUUCAAUUUUUUUAAAGAGGUUGUUAGUCCGGACAUGAAUGAUUACAUAAGAGGUGCAUGUCCCGGAAAAGACGCGGAAAAAAUUCUGGAGCAAAAUGCUAGGCUGGGAAAAGCACAUCGGGUGGACGAGCUCAAUGUCUCAUUCGAUGAUCCCAUGCUGUACAAUGACUUGCAAGAAGUGCCUCUUCUCCUCCUUACAGCUCCCAACUUGUCGCUGUUAGAGGUACUUGUUCAUGAUGCCGUGAAAUCAGCGGGGCGGCCGUAUCUUUUCCUAGAAGCACUCCAGUGGGACGAAAAAAUAACUGACCUCUUGUGCGAUCAUAAAUCCAACUUCGUGAUUCUGACGUGCAAUCACAAAAGGAAACUGGAAAAGAUAUUGCGAUUUUUGAGCGAGGUUUCGGAUGUAGUCGGUACCAGAGUAAUUCUAGCUGUUGGCGACAGGGACACAGAAGAAAUUACGAAUUAUGUAAAAAGGAACCCUUUCUUUCGAUCUGCUGGGAAUCAUUGCAUAUCUCGCAUUGACAAAGCUACCUUUAAGAACGUCACACAAAGGUGCAAAGAACAAGUUAGAAUGAAGUCUCACAUACGACUUCAGGGUGACGAGUAUGCAGUACGAUUUAGCGAAGUAAUGGAUUCGGAAACAUUCUCUCAAUUUAUUGACAUUACUGUAUUCUUGAAAUUAUGUGAAUCAAGCUACAUUGAAGUGGGGCCAUCGGUUUGUGAAGGCAUCUGUGGCUAUUACGUGAAGCGUAGACUUGAAGCCGCACGCGAGAGGCAGCACGAUGACCAGUAUCUUUUGGAUUCAUGGGAGAAAAUCACCGUUGUUGUUGGAGUCCCAGGAAUUGGAAAGAGCGCGAUGGCAUUGUGGCUUUCGAAGAAAUAUAAGGAAAGAGAUGAGAAGCAAUGGGUGCUGCACAUCAACCUCCCGAGAAAAAUCGGGCUCGUGGAUUCGGAAACUGAUGUGAGUGACAUCCAACAACUGGCCAUUCUAAGCGGCGUAAAAACACAAGGACUGGAGUUCGCUUUGUUUCAUCAGUGCGUGCAGAAUGGUACUCCUUUUAAUAUUGUUAUGAUAUUUGAUGCAUUCGACGAGAUCAACGAAGGUUGUCGCAGGUAUGUCCUGAAGCUUAUAAAGUACUUGAGGGAAACCCUAGUUUAUCGUAUAUAUUUAAUGAGCCGUACUAUAUUCAAGACCAUGAUACAGGAUACCAUUUACACCUGUCCUCUCGAAAUCGCUCCGUUUUCGAAUGACAACAUGAUCAACUACCUCGAAAGAUACUGGAGGACAAACGGAGUGACUGCUAUAUCUGACGAUGCAUUACACGCAGCAGCUGCGAACACCGUCGCAUCCUAUACGGCAGAGAUGAAGCAUGCAGCGACAGCCUUGGAGAAUCCACUUCUCAUUCGAAUGAUUGCAGAAUUGGAACAAGGUUCCGUUUUCCGCAGGGCAUCAGCGCAGGUCGUGGAAAACAGUGGCAUGUUUGAAAUCUACAGGAAGUUCGCAGACUACAAGUACAAAAUAUACACAGCGGAGAAAUUACAGCUGGACGCGCGUAAUUUCACUAUAGCUUCAGAAUAUGAAAAUGAAAUGAGAGAGAAGCAGUUCUACUACAAACUAGGUCUCCUUGCAGUAAGGGAUAUCUUUCAAGACAAACUGGACGGGAUUCUGACCAAUGAUGAACUUGAGCAGUUCGAGCCACGGGGAAGACUCGCGGAAGACGUGGCUGAGAGUCGUGUGGGACACGGUUUAGUCGAUGGGCUAAGCGACGGAACUGUAGGAUUCAUUCAUUGGACGUUCGCCGAAUUCUUUGCAGCCCAUUUCCUAUUCCACAGGGUAAAGGACAAUAUCUCGAAGGACGGUAAAUUAAAGGACUUGACGACAGACCUCAUGUUAGAGCUAUAUUCUAAUACAUUUUAUGUGCCUAUGCUGUUCGUCGAUAGUUCCGCCGCUGCACCCUUUCCCCUGCAUUGCGCCAUUAUCAAUGGGAAUGCUUCCUAUCUAAGAAGUAAUGUCACCGAACAAAACAUGUACGACGUCGAUGAGUUCGGUCGAACUAUACUACACGUGGCUGCUUUGCACGCGAAGCCUGAGGUAUUGAAAGUCCUCCCAAUCAACGAUUCACUGAUGCGGAGAGAUAAGUUCGGCAUGACUCCGUUAAUGUACGUGGAAAUGACGCGGGAACGCGAUGAGAAAUGGCGUAGAUUGAAUAUAUUCUGUGCUCGUCUCUCUGAUGUCGAGUGGGAUGAAGUUAUUCCAACCACAUUCGAAAAUGCAUUGCAAGAAAGACGGCUAAUGCGGUCAGUUUUCUAUUGUGCUGCUGUCGACAGCCUCUGUGCCUUGUUAGAUCUCCUUUUGAGACAGUUGUGCAGGACUCAGAGAGAACGUCGUCUCGAAAUCAAUCCUCAUCUUUUGGACAUUGAUGCUAUCAGGGACGAUGAUUGUAGGACAGUUUUGUUUUAUGCAAUGUCGUCGGCUAUUUUCGAACUCCUCCUCCCUUACUGCGACGUUCGAGCUGUUGACAACCGUGGCCAUACGCCAUUCCUCUAUAAUAUUCAUAGGCUGACCGACAAUCGGCAGAAACAGCUUAACCUCUCUGAGGUAACGAUGCCGUUCCUUUAUCUCCCAGCAUACUUUUCAAACAUGUGGGUGGAAGUUGGUAGCAAGCUCAACAAUGGCCUCAGCGUGUGCAAACAGGAAACGCGGCACAAGGGAAAACGUAUUGCCAUUAGCAUGGAGCUUCUCGACUUGCUAGCCACCAUAUACGCCAUACAUUCAGCGAACAUGAUGUGCACAAGUGCAAGCCUAACAGAGAUCGAGACGUUAAAGUUGCUCCUGCUCCGGACACGCACGAAUAUGCCGGGCAAUGUCCCACUGCGAUGUACAUAUAAUCAUACAGCACCCGAGAUCAUCAAGUUGCUUCUUCCUCAUGCGUGGAUCCAUUUGCGUGGAGCGCCGUCAUCCUGGAACUGUAGCCAGGUGCAUCUGAAACUGCAUGGGACGACAUUCGAUUCAUUCAGAACUUGUGGUCUACUAAUCAGCCUUUAUUACUCCCCCGAAAAACUCUGCAACAUAGUGUCAGACUGGCAAGACGAUGACACGUACGAGCACGCGUUUCGAGCCCUGUUUCCUUAUGUGAAUACCAGUGAUGGACGCAACUACGUUCUGAGGUUCAUGCGGUCGGGCGCACGUAGAUCUCAGAUGCACAGAAGCCAAUACCUGCCUGUGCUCAAACACCUACUUUUGGCUGCGCCAGCUUCUCAUCGAUACGGCUGCGAAGCUCUGCACCACUGUAUUGAACUAGGCCAUGUAGAUGUGAUGAAGCUGUUACUCCCACAUUCAAAUAUCAAUGCUAAAGACACGAAGGGAAGGACACUUCUGCAAGUGCCUUGUAAGCCUAUGGUUAACGAAGGUUCGUCUACGCCCUGGUUUCAUUACGAGCCGUUCGGUCAGACCGCCUCGCUAACGGGGGAGAAUGCUGCGGAGUUGCUCCAACGGUGGUUACUGAAGGAAGACGACGACGACGACAGUGUUUCCAGCGAGGAAACGUCGUAGGCGCCACACGCCUGUACAGCAUACAUAUGAAUGAUAGCAGGUAAUAAACUUCGUACGAUGUUU